GUUGGAACUCGGGUUCACUCAGUCUACGACCGUUUGCCACGAGACUUCGAUCACAUCGGUCUUUCCCCGUCUUUCUCUUCCUCUCCUCCCUUCUUUUUCCCGCUUGGAGAACAGAAAGCAACUACCACCACCACUACACACACCACCACCACCAUUACCACCACCGCUGGCGACGCCGUCGACGCCGACGCCGCUGCCGCCACUAUCGCCACCACCACCACCACUGUCACCGCCACCGACGACCGGAGAGACGCACGUAGUCUAAACGUGAGACUCGCACGGACGUUGUCGUUCGUCCUCGCCGGUGGUCCUCGUACACUGUUUUUCGAGCCAGCUCCGGUUGUACUUCGACUUCAUCCUCGAUCGAGGAGUGAUCAGAGAUAACAGGGCGUUCGAUUACCGAGCAGGGCGUUGAUCGGCGAGCAGCAAGAUGGCAGCUUUCGUGGCGAAGCAGAUGGUCGGCAACAAGCUGAACGCGGUUAAAGGAGCCGUUGGUGGCGAAGGCGGAGACGAAGAUGACAAGGAGAAGGAGGAGGAGGCCGAGAGGGAGAGGCAAGAAGCCAUCAGGGAGGCUGAGGAGCGGAGGAAGGAGAAACACCGCAAAAUGGAAGAGGAACGGGAGAAAAUGCGACAGGAAAUCAGGGACAAGUAUAACAUAAAGAAGCGGGAAGAGGUGCAAGAGAUGACUCAAGAGGAGCCGAAUCCUUUGAUGCGCAAGAAAAAGACGCCGGAGGAGUUGGCCGCGGAAGCCGAGGCGGAAGAAGAGGACGAAAUUACAAAGAUCAAGAACGCGUUAGACACGCAUAUACAAGAGAUCAAAGCGCAAGUACUCGAUGGUAAAUGCGACCUCCAAUAAGCCUACCCAACACUCCUCGAAGCGGUCGGUAAGGAGGGCGGUGCACGAUGCGCCGCCAGGGCCGCAUCCGCCUCUCAGCCCCUACGCGAAAGAAGAAGAGAAGAACGAGCAAGAUCUGACGCGUUAUCGGAGAAGCGAAAGGAAAGAACGAUAAAGGAAAGGUUCAGCGUCGUCGUCGUCGUCGUUGUAGUCUUCGGUUCGUCGGUCUUCGUCUUCGUCGUGUUGUUCGUUGUUCGAGAAUCGAUUCGAGAUAGUCACCGCGUGUCCACGGAUGGCGACCGGACACCACGCACACCCUCCCCGCCUCCCCCCGUCCACCGAGUCUCGACCGAUCGAUCUCAUCGAGGCGUGCGAUCGAAAUCGAGGUGAAAAAAUCGACAACAUUGGACCAUCGAUUUUUCACGGGAGAAAUAUCGGAGGGGGUGAUGACGAUGAUGAUAUAUAAUAGGGAUGUUUCGAGUCGUCGUCCGUUGCGGUUGUCGAUCCGAAUCCGAAUUCGAGAGAUUCGUUGGUAUGGGGUGAUCUUGGGAACGGAAGAAUCUGUGGAGAGAUUCUUUGGAGAACGGGAGCGGGAGGAGGACGAGAGAUCUUCGAAGCAACCAAGCAAUCGGUUCGUCGGGUUAAAUCGACUUAAAAAGGGGUGACGAUCGAAAGUGACGAUGAACCGUUUCCAGGAUUUGGCACCGACCGAGUGAAGAACGUGCGUACGUAGAAAAUAUAGGGGAAAAAAAAAAACUAGGGAACGAAAUAAAAAAAAAAGCGAGGACAUUGCGGCAGACACGAGAAAGUGGAAAUGAGUAUGAGAGUCGGGUAAUAUUAGAUAUUCGGAGAGAAAGAUGGAAGGGCGAAGACGAUCCGAAAGAAGGGAGAAUUGGUUUUUAUGCCUUACGAUUCGAGGAGAGGAAAGAGACGAGACUAUCGGCGAGGAUAAAGGAAAAGGAAAGGAAAAAAAAGAAAGGGAGGAGGCGAAAAAAAUCUGGUAUCUAUAUAGCGUAAAUGAGACGUCGAAGGGCGCGUGCGUAAUAAAAAUAUCUAUAUAUAUAUAUAUAUAUAUAUAUAUAUAUAUACAUAUAAAUAUAAAAUGAGGAAAAAAAAUAUAUAUAUAUAUACGAAUAAGAAAAAUGAAAGAAGUAAAAAAAGAAAAAAAAAAAAGACGUAAAAUUAGUACCUAAGUUUCUAGUGAAUUUUCGAACGUAUAGUGGUAUAAUGAAAAAAAAUAAAAAAGAAAAAAAAAAAAAGAGAAACUACCGGUAGCAGAGUUACGUAGUCACUAGUUUGUUCGACGGCUGUUCAAAUAACAAGGAGAUCAGAAUGGAAGAAGGAGUCAUUAUUAUUAUUCGAGUUAUUAAUUAUUCUCAUAGUUUAUUACCGCGGUCAUUGUUCUUAUUAUUGUUAUCAUUAAAUGUUUAUAUUUAGAGAAACAAAGUUAAGACAAGGAUCGAGGGCCACGAGAAACGGCUACUACGUAGUCAAGAAGAGACCAAAGAGUUUUUGAUCGUCGUCAAAGAAAAAGACGGAGAAGGAUAGCUGAGAGAGAAAUAAAAAAAAAAAGAAAAAGAAAAAGAAGAAGAAGAUUAAUCCGGGAAAACGAGCAACAAGAGAGAAAGAAAAAGUAACCGGCGGCCCUUGCUCUCCCUUCCGUCCAAAUUCGAAUUUUUCCAAUUUUACCUCUCGGCAAUAUAGCUCGAUCGCGAUCGAUCCGCGAGCGAAACGCGUAACACCUGAUCGAUUACUUAGGGACAAUUUAGUUAGGACACAUUACCAAAGAGAAAAAGAAGAAGAAGAAGAAGAAGAAGAAGAAAAAGAAGAAGAAGAAGAAGAAAAAAAAUAGAUAAAACGGUUAUAGAAAAAAAAAUGCUAAAAAAAAAAAACGCGCCGUUAAGAAUAGCUCGACGAAUCGAGCAGCACUGACUCUCGCGCGUUUAAAGAUGCAUAAUAAACGAAUUAAAUAGGUGAAAUAAAAAUUAAAUAAAAGAAAAAAAAAGGAAAAAAAAAGAAAAAAAAAAAAAAGAAAAGAAAUGCCUUUCUUUCACGUUUAUACAGCGCGUUUCUAUCGAGAUUGUAAUUAAAAAGUAAAUAGUAGGUUAAUCGUUAGAUGAAAGGAAGAGAAAACCGAUGAUAAUAAAAUAUGUUCGUUUAGAAAAAAAACGGGAAAUAGUGUUUUUUAGAGGAGUGUCGCGAUUCGAGAUCGAGAUGUUCUUAGCUGGGGGGGAGGGGAGGGGAGGGGGAAUAAGUUUUCAGGUGUUACCGCCGGAAACGUUCGAGCAAAGUAGCUAUUUGAGUACUCAUCCUUUCUCGAACCGGUUCACCAAUCUUUUCAUCUUGUGCUUCUCUACGUUCUCUCGUCGCCGUCUCUCGUUGUCUCGUGGAGAAAAAAGAAAAAAAAAAAAGGAAAACACACGAAACGCGUUGCAACACCGAGAACGACGAGUGGACGAGUCAACAAUGGUGGACGGGAUGGACGGAGCAUCGACUGCCGGCAAGUAACGCGAGCCUUAUACAUAUACGAGAAUAUUAAAAAAAAAAAAAAGAAAAAAAAAGAAAAAAAAACGAGGAAUUCAAAUGCUCACACAUACGGAUACACAUAUUGCGUAACACUUAGAGACUUAAUAAAAUCGGAAAGAGAGAGGAAGAAAAAAGAGAAAAAAAAAAAGAAAAAGAAAAAAAAAAGAAAGGCGAAUUUCGUUCGAGAACGUUUCUUGUUCCUUCGAUCGAAAGAUCGGAUACGUUUAAAUGAAGAGACUGAGAAUAAAAAAAAAAAAAAAAA